AUGAAGCCACAUUCCUCAGUCAUGUUUGAAGUGACUAACACCACCAAAGAAGCUUUCUACUUCAUCCUCACGGGCAUCCCUGGAUUUGAAGCUUCCCACAUCUGGAUCUCCAUCCCCUUCUGCUGUCUCUACUCCAUCUCCAUCAUGGGCAACACUACUAUUCUCACUGUAAUCCGCACGGAGCCAUCCCUCCGCCAGCCCAUGUACCUAUUUCUCUCCAUGUUGGCCCUGACUGACCUGGGUCUCACCCUCACCACCCUGCCCACUGUUAUGCAGCUCCUCUGGUUCAACAUUUGUGAGAUCAGCUUUGAAGCUUGCUUUGCACAGGUAUUUUUCAUUCAUACAUUCUCCUUUAUGGAAUCUUCUGUGUUGUUGGCCAUGUCCUUUGACCGCUAUGUGGCCAUUUGCCGCCCCCUCCAUUAUGCCACCAUCCUCACCAAUGAAGUCAUCACCAAGAUUGGGUUAGCCAUCAUUUGCCGCUGUGUUCUGGCUGUUCUUCCCUCUCUUUUCCUGCUCAAGCGCCUGCCCUUCUGCCACUCACACCUUCUCUCUCAUUCCUACUGCCUCCACCAGGACAUGAUUCGCCUGGUCUGUGGUGACAUCCGCUUCAACAGCUGGUAUGGAUUUGCUCUGGUGUUGCUCAUUAUUGUGAUGGACCCUCUGCUCAUUGUGCUCUCCUAUGCAAUGAUUCUGAAGAGUGUCCUGGGAGUAGCUUCCCUGGUUGAGAGAUUUCGAGCUCUUAACAACUGCUUGUCCCACAUUCUGGCUGUUCUGGUUCUCUAUGUUCCCAUGGUUGGUGUAUCUAUGACCCACCGCUUUGCCAAGCAUGCGUCUCCACUGGUCCAUGUUAUCAUGGCCAAUAUGUACCUGUUGGCGCCUCCUGUGAUGAACCCCAUCAUCUACAGUGUAAAGACUAAGCAAAUCCGCCAGGGAAUUAUGCGUCUUCUUUCCCAAAGAAACACGCAUUAA